GUAAUCAAACCGCUGUUUCUUUCACUUCGCUGUGAAACUAGAAAACGGGAAAAGCUUCUGAGCAGAUUAUCAACAUGGAAUAUUGUGGUCUUCUCACCCUUUCUAAGCAGCCAGUGCCUCUCAAGAGCAUCUCAGUGGAUGUGUCUAUCAAUCAGUUUGUGGCAGAUGUGUCUGCAACCCUGGACUACAAGAAUGAGGAAACAGGCCCUGUGGAAGCAUUGUUUGUGUUCCCCAUGGAUGAAGACUCUGCUGUUUAUAACUUCCAGGCUCUGGUGGAUGGGAAGAGUAUAGUGGCAGAAAUACGAGAAAAGCAGCAGGCUCAGGAGGACUAUGAGAAUGCCAUCUCCCAAGGCCAGGAAGCCUUCCUACUAGAGCAGGAUAGCAGCUCUGGGGACAUUUUCAGUUGUAGUAUAGGAAAUCUUCCCCCUGGCCAGAAGGCUGCUGUCACCCUGAGCUAUGUUCAGGAACUGUCCCUUGAAGCAGAUGGGGCUGUUCGAUUUGUGCUGCCAGCCAUCUUGAACCCACGCUAUCUUCUCCAAGGUGAGGAGUUGGGCUUCUCCAAUAGCAGUGCCGAGCCUGACAUCACCUCUCAAAUUCCCUGGAUUCCUGGCAAGGAGCUGCCCUACACAUUUAGUGUCAGUGCCAAUAUCUGCUCCUCUAAUGGCAUUGAGAAGGUCUAUUCCAACUGUCUCCUGAGUCCCCUGCAGUACUUGGAGGAUGACAAGACAGUUGCCCAGGUUUCCUUGGCUGAAGGACACAAAUUUGACCGGGAUGUUGAGAUUCUGGUUUACUACGGGGGAAUAAACAUGCCCACUGUCUCCUUGGAGCUUCCCCAAGCUGAUGCCAAACCAGAUUCCCUGAUGGGAGACCCAGCUGUGAUGGUGAGUUUCUACCCUAGCAUCCCUGAGGCUGAGGGAGAGAGCACUUCUGGUGAAUUCAUCUUCCUCAUGGACUGCUCAGGGAGCAUGGCGACACCAUUGAAUUAUGAAAUGGGUUCCCAGUUACGCAUAGCAAGUGCCAAGGAAACUCUGAUCCUGCUGCUGAAGAGUUUGCCUCUUGGCUGUUAUUUCAACAUCUAUGGAUUUGGAUCCACUUUUGAUUCCUUCUUCCCAGAAAGUGUGGAGUACACACAGCAGUCCAUGGAGGAGGCCCUGCGGAGAGUGAAGGCUCUUGAAGCUGACCUGGGAGGGACUGAAAUCUUGGAGCCUCUGAAGAACAUUUACAGCAAACCCUGCAGACCAAACCACCCCCGGCAGCUCUUUGUCUUCACAGAUGGAGAAGUUGCUGAUACAGGUUUGGUCAUUGCUGAAGUUCAACGCCACAGCCAGAAUCACAGGCCCUUCAAUCCCUAAAGCGAGCCUUGCAGUCGGUGGUCCAGGAGAUCUCUCUCUCUUGGAUUCUACCUCCUGAACUGGAGACCACCUUGCUCUCCCCCGC